UUCGUGUGGUUGCUGGUCGGUCUUUCUGCAAAUCUUCACAAUAGAUCGAUACUCGUGUACAAUUUUUUAGUUGCUGACUAUGUUGUUAAUGAAAAUGCUUCCAAAUUAAUAUUGCGAUCAUCUUAAAAGUUUCAUUAACUUUUUGGCUGAAAUGUGUUAAGUGUAAUUUAUUAUAACCACGUUUCUUUGCACUGCAUAUUACACAUAGUCUGUAAAAGUGUAUGAUGAAGUGCCAUUACGAAGUGUUAUGUUUGACGAAGGAGGCUAGUGCCUCGGAAAUAAAGAAGGCAUAUCGCAAGCUUGCGUUGCAGUGGCACCCGGACAAAAAUUUGGAUAACUUGCAAGAAGCAAAAGAGCAGUUUCAGCUCGUCCAAAAUGCUUACGAAGUCCUGUCCGAUCCGCAAGAGAGAGCAUGGUAUGACAACCACAGAGAGCAGUUGUUACGAGGUGCUGGCAGCUCUUACAAUGAUGACAGUCUUGAUGUGUACCCAUACUUUAGUCCAUCCUGCUACAAGGGCUUCGGCGAUGAUGCCCCGGGCUUCUAUGGAGUUUAUAGUGAAGUGUUUUCCAAACUUGCUUCAGAGGAGACAGAUUUCCUUGAAGAUCCUGAAGAAGUUUCCAAAAUACCUAAAUUUGGAAACUCAACAACUCCUUAUGAGGAAGUUCAUGAGUUCUAUGCCUAUUGGAUGUCAUUCUCUACCAAUAAGAGCUAUGUCUGGCUAGACCAAUAUGAAAUUCAGCAAGGCGACAACCGCAGAGUCAUCAAGUUGAUGGAGAAGGAAAACAACAAGAUUCGUCAGAAGGCGAGGAAGGAGCGGAACGAAGAGAUCAGAAGGCUCGUCAGUUUCGUCCGCAGGAAGGACAAGAGAGUCAUCGAGCAUACCAAGUUGUUGCAAGAAAAAGCUGAGGAGAAUAAGAAGAAGUCGGAGCAAAUAAGGCGGGAAAGAAUCCGACAAAGGCAGAAAGAGAUAGAAGAAGCAAAGAAAAAGGAGGGUGAGAGCUCAUUUAUGCAAAGUGAUGAUUACCAGAAGAAACUAAGCGAGAUUGAGUCCCUGUUGGCUGAGGAGUUUGGGCUGUCCUCUGAUGAUGAUACUAUCAGUGAGGGAGGUAUGGAGAGCAGCAAUGAAGAGAGUUCCAAGACUGAGGAAGCGAGUGAAGCCUCAAAAGUCACGCCGAAAUCAUCAACAAGGACAAAACAGGCCAUUAAAAAUUUGUAUUGUUCAGCAUGUAACAAGCUAUUCAAAAAUGUGAAAUCCUUCGAGAAUCACGAGAACAGCAAGAAACACAAAGACAAUGUUGCAAACAUGGCAUUGGAGGAUGAUGUUGGAAUAUCAGACAAUGAGGAGAAAGUGGGAGAUAAUGAGGAACCAGCUCAAGUGACUGGUAAAGUGAAUGGGGAAACCGAAGACGAUGGAGAUCCUAUAGAAAAUUCAACAUCUGAUAUUGAAGAUAAUGACAUCAGGGAAACGCUUAGUGAUGACUCUGAUAAGAUACAGGCCCUUCCAAAGAGCCACAAGAAGAAAAAGAAUAAAAAGAAAUCAUUUAUACCAAUGCCUGAAAGUGAGGGCAAUGACAGUCAUGAUGAGAUGAGCUUCAAUGAAAUUGAAGGCCCGUCCCGCAGUAGGAAAGCCAAGAAAUUCAACAUGCUCAAAAGUCAGAUACAGGCAAAGAAGGAAGCCAGUCUAAAGAAAGGAUCACAAUCUCAAACCUCAACAGAGAAUUUGUGUGAGGUAUCUAGCACAACGCCCACAGAUGAUGCAUUAGGUGAAUCAGCAAUUCCAAAAGAUAGGCCUGCUUUGCCAAAAACACAAAGAAAUGUCAAGACUAAGAAAUUAGUGGACAGAAAACCUAUAAGUAAUAAAACAAGUGAGACAGAAGAUUCAAGUACAGCAUUAAACCUUCGAUGUGCAGUUUGCCAAGCAGAUUUUCCAUCAAAAAAUAAACUAUUUGAACAUUUAAAAAUAACAAAACACUCAGUGCCUCUGCCACAGACUAGCUACUCACAGAAUAAGAAAAACAAGCGAGCUAAUAGAUAAAAAUGUGCAAUGAAUUUAGAUAGGAUGGAGUAAUCCAAUGAGAAUCAUCGUGAUUUUCUUUAAAACUCUACAAAAGUGACUCUGUCAGUCUAUUUAUUAAAUUAUUAUGAUCACUGUCAUUAAGAUUAUGCCUAAUAAAUUAAAUGAA